CACAGCCCGGACCAAGCUCAAGCUUCUCUAUUUUCCUCGCACCGAGCCACCGACCUCAACCCCCCCGGGCCGUAGAUGAGCAAACACCUAGCGCAACCCUCGACGACGUCACUCAAGACGACCACCGACACCUCCUUGCGCUCAACACACGACCACAACAACAGUUGAGAGGGCAUAUUGGCUGAUUUUGCCACAAGUCGGCCACUUGUGAUAUUUGUGUCGCCACUACGAGAACUCCCACGCACCAACACCCUCCUCCCCCCAAUACACAGCACAUUCGCACGCACGCAGGCGAACACGCGCAAUGGCGGAUAGAGGAUCACACAGAGGCGGCGGUCGAGGAGGUGGCGGUGGAAGUGGCUACCGCGGACGUGGAGGCGGAGGAGGAGGACGCGGAGGUGGCGGCGGCGGCGACCGCGGAGGAGCCCAGGGGUCCGGCGGCGACCGUGAGAGGCCCAAGAAGGAGAAUAUUCUCGACCUGUCAAAGUACAUGGACAAACAGAUCACCGUCAAGUUCAACGGCGGGCGCGAAGUUACCGGCACACUCAAGGGAUAUGAUGCCUUGAUGAACCUAGUCUUGGACGAAGUCCAGGAGGUCAUGAGAGAUGAGGAAGGAAACGAAACAACAAGAUCCCUCGGCCUCGUCGUUGCCCGCGGAACUCUACUCGUUCUUGUCAGCCCUGUCGAUGGCAGCGAACCCAUAGCGAACCCCUUUGCGCAGCCUGAUGAGGAAUGAUGUUUGCUCGGGAGGAGCCACAAGGACAACGGCUGGGGAUGACUUCAUGACAUGGCUGGGGCGAAGAGGGGUGGCAAUGCUGGUCUUUGGGCCUAGCGAGGAAUAAAGAAGACGCUGAACAGUCUGCAUGAAAGAACCAAAAAGGGGAAGCUGUGGCCUCUAGUAUAAGGCACAACUGUGCUGGGACUUGCAUCCGCAGCAACAGGACACUUCAGCGAUAAUGGCAUGUCGACACUUACCAAAACACUCACUGGCUGAAAUGAAGGGGCUCUGGUGCCGAACACGAUGAUGGCAAGAGGGUCUGAUGUGCACCGUUCCAGAAAAUGGACAAACCAACUCAUCGAUAAACAUGCCUUAUCACCAGCCAAGGGAACAAAUGCAUUG